AUGACACCUGCUCCGACCAGCCCAGCCUCCAUCCAGGGACCGCUGUCUCAAUCGGCCCGCGACCAGGAGGCUGCAAUGUUCCAGCACCUUGUAUCCUGCUGUCAUCCGCCCUCGUCCGAUGCCCCACAAGCCACUCCUCCACCGUCGACCAAGAGACCGAGACAGGAUCAGGCAGAUGCCACGAUGCCUCAAGCAGGACAGAGUUCCGAGCCCGCAGCGGGGGACAGAGGCAAAGGCAAGAACAAGGGAAAGGGCAAAGGCAAGGGAAAGGGAAAGAGCAAGGGCAAGGGACCGCGAUCGGGUCAGACUCAGGGCCCAAACAAGCAACCUUGGUGGAAUACCUCGGGAAGCGGAGGAGAAGCUCUGACGGAGUGGGACGCUCAGGCAUGGGGAUAUGUACCUCAGGGCGGGUCCUCCGCACCCCCCCCAGUUCUAGGCCAGAUGGCGAGGCUCCUUCUACGCCACGAGAAGCAGCUGCAAGCUGUACAGCAGGACAUGAAGCUUCACUUCUUCUUCCGCCCCGACCCUCCGGGGUCAGUUCUGCCAUUCAUGACUCAGGUGGCGAAGAGAUGGCGAGAACUGAUGGACCAGAACAAGGUCCAGUCUUCUCUGCGAGAAACCAUGCUGCGCGAGCUGAUUCACGAGCUGAAGGGAAGGAUCCAAGGCUUUACAGCAGCCACUAUGGUCGAGAUGCAGAAGAAGGCUCACGACAUGGAAUGGGUGGACUCCCAAUCCAACUGGAACUACAUGAAGUGGGACCCAGAACAGCAGAAGGAGGUAUUGAUUCCCCGAGUGGAGAGUCGAUCAGUGGACUCCCUCCUGCAGGAUCUGGGGGAGAUAGAGCGGCUCAUCAGUGGCACCACGAUUCGCCACUUUGGCAGUGUGAGGCCGCUGAGCCAAAACUACGCGACUCAAUGGGUCCAGUUUGUCCUGGAGAUCGAGUUGCGACAGGAUGGGGACACCCUUUGGAGCCUCUUCAAUUCCCUCAACUGCGCAGUUCUGCACCUCCUUGGUGCCCGGCUCCGCAGGGAUCGCCCGGUCGACUCGUACCUCGCUCAGACCUUGCAGCACUUCCUGUGGGAGGGUCGUCUUGCCAAUCCCACCAGCAAAACUUGCUACAUGAACAGUGCUCUGAACGCACUACUCUUUGUGAUCUACAGUCUUGGCUCCACCUGUGAGGCUGACCUGGGACAGCUACGACAUGCAUACCAGGCGUUGCUUGAGCGAGCCGCUGCACUUGACAUCAUCAGUCGACUCCUCACCUGGAUCAUGUUCAUCAGUCCUUGGGCUGCUCCCUUUCAGCAGCAUGAUGUUGGCGAAUUUCUUCAACAUAUUGUGCUGAGGAUCCGUUCACCUUUAUUCUUGGGCCUGUGGCAAGCAAGGCAGGAGUUUGAUAAUCAAUGCCGGAUUGUGGACUCCGGUCCUGCUUUUGCACCUGUGCUCCUCCCUUUGUCAGAGGACUCCAUGACUUUACAAUCGUGCAUUGAUCAGUGGAGUGCUCAAGAUGACUCGGCCAUUCAGCAUGCCAUCACUGCUGAUACGACUUCUGUGCUUUUUCAGCUGAUGAGGUUCAAUGCCGUGGGCACGGGGAAACGCAAGCGUACAGUCAAGGACUCAAAGCGUGUGGACAAUAUUCUGUCUGACAUCUUGUGGUGGCGAGCAUUGUCCACUAUGGGGAACUUGCAGAUUCGGGGCAUUACAGAUGCGUAUGGCGCAAAAAGGCUCACAAUGGCGAUGGAUGGAAUGGCAUUGACGGCUAAUAUGGGGGCUGGGGGAGUGCGUGGUCCUGGCGAGGGAGAGGAUGUUGAUAUGCGUCCUGAUGAUGGAAAUGUCGAGGAUGGUGCAGGCGCGCAUGGGAAUGAAGGGCUUCUUCAGAACAUGGCUGCCCGUGCUGCUGCUUCGGCGAGAGAGGAGAGCCCCCUCCACACCGCGCAAGCCCUCACGGAGUUUCGGCAGGACUGCGACCGGCUCCGGUCUUUGGAGCUGAGGUCCCUCGAGGGACAACGAGAGAUUCUGGCUAACGUCCAUGAACAGCGAGCGGAGUUUCGCGAGAUGGGGUCCCGGCUUGAAAGGGUCGAGGCUAAGCAGGACGAGUUUGGCCAUUUCAGGGAUGAGAUGGCUAAACGUAUGAAAGACAUGGAAUCUGAGCUCCGUGAGGUCAAGAGUAGGUCCGUCAGUCCUGUCCAGACCCCCCGUCGUGGCGGGGGCACCUCGGGAUUCCGAGCCGGCACAGGCCAGGCACCUAGCCCGGCUGGGUCCUCAGUGGCUGGGCCCCUAGUAGACGACUGGCAAUUAGUCCUUGGAGGCUACGCAGACGCGAAACGGGAAGAGAUCCAAGCUGAAGUCAGAGCUUUGUUUGAGGAAGCGGGGGCCUCCCCCCUGCUCAAGAACAUUAUCACGCCCUUUGUCCGUUCGAACAUUUGUCGGAUGGAGCUUUUGUACCUGGAUGAAGGUUUUGGGGCUCGCAGGGGUGUUCAACAGGCUGUGAUUGUCGCUCUGCGAAAGGCAAUUGACGCACGGGGGAAGAAAUCCACCAUCAUGGGGCAAGAGCGUGCUUCGCUCUGGGUCUCACGAAACCGGGGGCCUGAGGAGAGGAAUCGGAACAGGGCGCUCUUGGGUCUCAGGGACUUAGGCCUUGCCCAUCUCCCACCGCAAUUGGUGGACCUCGACUGGAAAGGUCGAUUGUGGUACAAUGGUACCCAGGUACUGUAUCAUGUCGACCGCGAUGAUCCUACAGAUGACGCGCUUAUGUUUCUUUCUACGCGUGGAGACGAAAGCGGCUGGUGGGUCUCGCUGCGAAAGGUGUCGUCUUUGCUCCAGGUCAGUGAAGACGAGGUACGCAGGAGGUUGGUUGGGUAG